AGCUGUAGCCGACUGAGCCGACUGAACUUACUCGUGUUUCAGGUGGAGCUUUUCCUCAAAAACACUCCAGCAUGGCUUUUCAAUGUCAACGAGACUGCUAUAUGAAAGAGUUUGUUACCUCUGUAGUGUCCUGCUGCCCAGCUGAGCUUAAACAUGAAGUGAAUGGAAAGAAAGAAACUCUUAAAGGCUUCAAUGUCAAACUCCAAGACACCAUCUUGUUUCCUGAAGGAGGAGGACAGCCAGAUGACCACGGUCUGAUUGGAGACGUCCCGGUGGUGAGGGUGACGAGGCAAGGGGCCGACGCCGUGCACUUUGUGGGCUCUCCUCUGGAGGAGGGGCAGGAGGUGCAGGUGAAGGUGGACUGGGAGAGGAGGUUUGACCACAUGCAGCAACACUCAGGUCAACAUGUGAUCACAGCUUUGGCAGAACACAUGUUUGGAUACAUGACCACGUCCUGGGAACUGGGGCGUCAGAGAAGCACCAUAGAGCUGGACACUCCCUCGGUGAAGCCUGCCCAGCUGCAGGCCCUGGAGGAGGCCGUUAACGAGAAGAUCAGAGUCCAUACCCCCGUCACUGUUCAGCUUCUCUCUAUAGAUGAUCCCGAUGUGGAAAAGGUGAGGAGUCGGGGGCUUCCAGAUGAUCACGCUGGGCCGAUUCGGAUCAUUGAUAUCGAGGGCGUCGAUGCUAACAUGUGCUGUGGAACCCAUGUGUCCAACCUCAGUCACCUACAGGUAAUAAAGCUGCUGGGAACAGAGAAGGGAAAGAAAAACAAAACCAACCUGAUCUUCCUGACAGGAAACAGGGUGUUGAAGUAUGCUGAGAAAAGCUACAGCACAGAGCGAUCGCUGGUGUCUCUCCUGAAGACUGGACCUGAUGAGCACGUAGAGGCUGUUGACAAGUUGCAGAAGUCUGUGAAGCUACUACUGAAAACUAACCUGAGCUUGCUUCGAGACAUGGCUGUCGUCAUCACUCAGAACUUUAAGAACGACCCCCAGAGAGGGAACUUCUUCAGCUUGCACAAAAAAGAGGGUGACAAUGAAUUCAUGAACAUCAUUGCCAAUGAAUUAACCACUGAGGGAACUUUUGUUUUCCUGACUGUUGGAGAAGAGAAGGGCCCGGGUCUGUUCCUACUGGCUGGACCCAGUGAGCGAGUGGCCGAGAUGGGCCCGCGGGUGCUGGAGAUGCUCCAAGGGAAGGGGGCAGGAAAAAAUGGACGUUUCCAAGGAAAAGCUAACAGCCUGGCCCGCAGAGGGGAGGUCGAGGCUUUCCUGGAGCAGCAAUGCAAACAACAGGAAGAAUAAACCCAGCAAUGAUUUAAUAACAAAUACAUAUUUUUUUAUGAACACUACUUUUAGAAGCCAUUAAGAAUAGCUUACCGGAUUUUUGCGGUAAAGACUAAAUGUUAGUGUCAUUACACGUACCAAGAAAUUGGAUAAUUUAUUUUAAAAUGUGUAUUUCAUGGACGUGCUGUACAUAUUUGAAUGUUAAAUGUCAUUUACAGUUUUAACUGUUUAAAACUCUUUGUUAAACCUCAUCUGUGA